GGCUUCUCGACCGAGGCCUUCGAGCACGUCCUUCCCAGUAUGCGGUUGGCCAUCCCGUCAGCUGUUAUGGUCUGGUAUGCUCCUUCCCACUCCGCUCACACACACACACGCAUGUUGCCUCCGGAAUUUGUUUUAAACGUUCGACAAACCAGUGAUUUAGCCGAAGAAGAUACAAUCUCCUUUCCGCUCUAGCCGGUGAAUUGUCUCAGGAUUUUCCAAUUUAUAGCUUCUACGGUUCUUCAAUAUUUCACUUUGUACGUAUUCAUUGCACAACUCUGGUCUGAAAAUAUAAAAACUUAUUUAGCCAUUAUUUCACCUUUUAUAGGAUGCCAAAUAGAACAAUUUUAGCCUAAAUUGUCAGCCGCAUCAACAGUUGUAACCGGUUUAGACCCACCAAUAUCUUUGAGGUUUUUCCUUUUUUUCCUUAUUUCUUUUAAAAAACGAAUGAAACAUAUAUUUAUUAGUAAGUUUUUGAUGUGUGAAAUUCAAUGAACCACAAGUUAUUAUUGGUGUUUCCCGAAGAAAUUAUCUUUAUUAAUAGAGGAAUAUAAUUUUGUUUGACGAGUGAUAUUACUCUUGCAGCUUGGAAUACUGGGCUUUUGAACUUCUUGUGUUAUUGGCUGGUCUGAUGCCCCACUCAGAAUUGAGCACCUCACUAAUUGCAAUUUGGUAUGCCCAUCUUCAGCUAUCAAAUUAGAUCAUAAAAAUUAUUAGUCAAUAUUGUAUAAAUAUUAACUUGAUAUUUUGGUGGAUUUCAGUGUUAACACAGAGGCUGUGUCAUUCAAUGUUACCUAUGGGUUUAGUGCUGCUGUGAGGUAUGCAUAGUCACUUGUUCAUAAUUAUGAAUAUAAAUUAUAUUCAUAAUUAUGAUUCUAAUUUAUUUUUUUCCCCUUUUGUAGCACACGUGUGGCAAAUGAAUUGGGGGCAGGAAAUGUGGACAAGGCAAAGAAUGCAGUUAGGGUGACAUUGAAGCUCUCAGUAAUUCUUGCACUGACAAUUGUCGUUUUUUUGGUCUUUGGUCACAAUAUAUGGGCUAACUUGUUCAGUAGUAGCCCAGAUAUUAUUAGGGAGUUUGCCUACAUGACCCCGCUACUGUCAAUUUCCAUACUACUAGACUCGGCACAGGGGAUUCUAUCAGGUGACUAUCAUAGGAAAAAAGAUCCAUAGAUAGUACUGAUUUUUAAUAUCUUGCUAAUCAUGUGAAUAAUUGAUUUAGGGGUAGCAAGAGGAUGUGGUUGGCAACAUCUAGCAGCGUGGACCAACCUGGCAGCGUUCUACCUAAUUGGGAUGCCGAUUGCACUUCUUCUAGGAUUUACCCUAAAAUUCUAUGACAAGGUUGGUAUUUCUUAGGUGUAUUUUAAGAACUUACAACUUUUCUAAAGAAAAUAUGGUUUAAAAUUCAUUUCGUUAUGCUGCAAUUUAUAAUUUAAAACUAUUUUUAUAAGGGUUUGGGCAUAGCCUACAUACAUGAACAACCCAUCUAGUCAAGUCAUUCUUAUGGUGCCAUUAGAAUACUACAUGUUCCAUGGUUUCCUAAUAGUUCACAUUUUAAGGUCUUUUGAUUUUCCCUUGGUUUAGAUAUACUCAUGCCUUAUUUUAUUCAGUAAUGUUAGCCAAUUACAACAAGAUUAUUGAAGCUGAGGAUAAUCGACACCUACAUUGGACUUCUCAUGCAGGGACUUUGGAUGGGGUUGAUUUGUGGCCUGUUUUGCCAAGCUUGCACGCUCCUCAUCAUCACACUCCGCACUAAUUGGUCAACCAUAGACCUGUCUGUGCACAAAGAACAACCUUUACUAGUAUGA